AAAGGCUCUCGCUGCUUCACCGUCUGCGAGCGAAAAAGACGGACUGGGAGAGGAGACACAGAAGCGCGUUUCAGGCCGCGGGCGGCGUCCUUCACAGAGGCGGGGAACUUGAAUUUCUUCGAAGUCUUUCGCGUUGCUCGAAAGCCUUUGCCUUGCAGUGGUUUCUGGAGACGCUGUCGACUUCGUCUCUCCCGCUGCUUCUUGCAUCGUGGCUUCCCUCCCAUCUCGAGCUUUUCCUCUUGGUUUUUCGCGUUGCCUUUCCCCGGCUCGUUCUCUCUUCGUCUUCGCUCUUCCUCCUAUACCUCUGUUGUCGUCUCUUCCUCUCUGCCUUCUCUUCUCUCGUCGCUGACUCCGCCGUUCCUCCACUCUUUCCUCUCCCUUCUCUCCUUCUCUCCUCCUCUCUCCCUCCUCGUCGCCUGCGAGCCUCGUUGCCUGCGAGCCUCGUUGCCUGCGAGCCUCGUUGCAUCGUCGUUUCGUUCUUCCUCGUUCCUCAGCUCUGCGAGCGGACGCGGACUCAUGGCGCUGUUUUGCCCUACAUGUCACAACAUGCUGCUGGUGCGGCAAGAAGUCACCAUGCAGUUCCACUGCAGAACAUGUCCCUACGUCUUCAACAUCAAAGAAAAACUGACUCGGAAAAUGCCUCUGACUCCAAAAAAGGCCGACGAACCUCUGGACGAAAGCCAAGAAGCUGCUCGGGGCGCAAAAGCUCCAGCUUCUUGUCCCAAGUGCUCGCACACAGAAGCGUAUUUCUACGAGAUCCAGAUUCGGUCCGCUGACGAACCGAUGACCGCCUUCUACUGCUGUUGCAACUGCCGUUUCCGGUGGAGAGAGAACUAAAUGGUGCAGAGGACAUCUUCGUCUCCUUCUCGCUGCUGUCACUUUCCAAGUUUCCCUCUGCUCUCUUUCGUCUCGUCUGCCUCUCUCUUUCGCUCUCUUCUCGCACUCCACGCUCUCUCGUCGCUCUUCACCUCUGUUGCUGCGCCUUCGCGUCUGUGUAUAUCUCAGUCCUUCUCUUCUUCUCUCUCUCUGGCACUGCGGCGGUCUCCGUGACUUUUCCAAAGACAAGUUCCUGCCCUUUCUGUAGUGUUUAUCUUCCGACUUCCUCACACGUUUGGAAGACAAAGAACUUUCCAUGAGUAAGGCGCCUCGGCCUUCCAAGCAGUUCAGACGAAAGUCGCAAGCGGAUGAGCUUUUUUUCGAGUCUCCCCGCUCUCUUCCUCGCACCGCUACACACAGCUUGUCCAGAGCGAACUCGGCAGCAUGCGAAAGCAGAGCGAGAGAAGACGAGAAGAGAGAGAGGAAGCCAUGGAGAGAGAUAGACAAACACAAGGAACGGAAUGAAGGCGGAACACAGGCAGCCAGAGAGAAGGAAGAGAGAGCGCACACAGAAAAAAGGAGAGAAUGAUACAGAAAGAAUGAACGUCAGAUGCAGAGAGCGAUGCGCCGGAUUUUCAGCGAGCUUAACCGUUUCCGAC